GAAAAUAAAAAGAAGAUGGAAAAGAAAAAAAAAAAACCAGAAGAAGGGCAACGUGGAAAUUAAACGAGUAAUAUAGUGCUCUCCUCUCUCUCACGCUUUCCUCAAUCUAGCAUAUCGUAUAUUCUCUCAACGGUGACAAUUUCAUUAAAGUAGCUCCGACCAGGGAAAAAAAGGGGGGGGGGGGGGGUGCUUUAUUAUUGAAGCUCCCACAAUCGCUAUUUCCGAUCUCUAUUCGGAAACCCUAGAACUCUUGAUUCUUCAUACUAUUCAGUGAGCUGAAAAAGGGACGGUUGAAGUUAGUGUGUGAAAUUUUUGGUUAUUUUCUAAAGUUCUUUUUUGAUGACUAGAAAGUUAGUUUCACGAGUGUGAUGGGUGGAACUGUUGAUUGGUCCGUGAACUCUCAACGCUGAGCUGAUUUUGGCGAGGAAGGAUGAAUAUCGUUAAGGGUGUUGCUGACCUUAUCAGAAGAACUUCUGCUGGGCAUACUGGCGAAUCUUAUAGUUUACAAGCUCAAAAGUUCUCUCCUCCUGGGCCCAGGAUUCGCUUUAGUGAUGUUGGUGAUGAGGCAAUUGUAAAUACUCUUUGGGAGCGAUAUGAGAAAGUUGAUGAUAAGGUGGAGAAAAUGAGGCUGCUUCAUGUUUUCAUCAAGCAAUUUGUAAUUGCCUACAAGGAUUGGGAACCUGUGAAUUCAGGCAUAUUAUUGGAGUCUACUUCUGUUGAGAGUUUAUCAUCUGCCGAUGAUGUGGUUGUUGGCUGCUCAGCUGGACAUCCUGUUGAAGUCAUUCGGGUUUUAAUUGAAGAGGUCACACAGUUAAGCUCACUAGUUACUGAGUUGAACACCGACAUGGGGCAAUCCUCAACAGAUUUAUCUGGGGCUUCUGCAAAAUUGUUUAUCACUUCUGAAGGAUUUUUUAUUUUGGAUGCACUGAAAAUUAUCACUCGUUCAUUAUAUAAUUGCAGAGUUUUUGGAUACUAUGGUGGAAUUCAAAAACUUACAGCCUUAAUGAAAGGGGCUGUUGUUGAACUUAAAACCAUAAGUGGUGCCCUUUCUGCUGAUGAAAGUUUGUCUGACUCUGCUGUUGAGAAAAUCAAGCUGCUCCAACAAAUUCUUACAUAUGUUGUAUCAAUAAUUUAUAUUUUCAUUGAUUUAGGUUCAAAUAUAGACAAAAAGGAUGAGUUAUUCUGCAGUCUUGUAGGCUUUAUUUCACAUGCUGAUGCUCCAAUCAUCUCUUCAAAUAGUUCAAAGGUUUUGUCUACUGAAGCAAGGUUACAUUGGCGUCAGAAAGCAAUUGUUUCUGUGAUGGAAGCCGGUGGCCUAAAUUGGUUAGUAGAGCUCUUGCGUGUCAUUAGAAGAUUUAGCUUGAAAGAACUGUUGAUGGAUGAUUCACUUCACUAUUUGUGCUUGAAAAUCCUUUCUUUGGCCUUAUCUGCAAAUUCUCGGGGUCAGAAUCAUUUUAAAAGUAUUGGAGGGCUGGAAGUGCUGCUGGAUGGUUUUGGAUUUCCCUCAAAUUAUGCGAAAAAUUACAGCAAUUUUGUUUUGGCUGAUGGAUUCAGGGAUGAUAAACCAUUGCAAAAAAUCUUUCAACUUCAUAUUCUUUCUCUGGAAGUUUUGAGGGAGGCUGUCUUUGGGAAUGUGAACAACUUACAAUUUCUUUGUGAAAAUGGUAGGGUGCAUAAAUUUGCAAAUAGUUUUUGUUCGCCGGCUUUUCUGCUUCAAGAUUUGGGACGGGAGAAGGAUUUUGCUGGACGGCAUGCUGUUGGUAUGCCUGGUCUUGACAUUCAAGAAAAUGAGAAUCACACAAAGCCUGAUCCAGUGGUGGUUUCUGAUAGCCUUCCAUCACGUGCUUCUUUUUCUGAUUUUUGGAAUAAUUAUGUUGUUAUGCUGAGCAGAGGUCUCUGUUCAUUUCUGUUAGUUCCCGAGGGUUCAAAAUCUCUUAAUGUUCAAGUAUCUUCUGGUCGAGUUGCAUUGCCUGUUUCCUCAGCGUAUUAUGAACUUUCAAUCAAAUGGGUCAUGAGGGUUUUAUUUACAAUAUUUCCUUGCAUCAAAACUUGCUCAAGUCAGAAUGAGUUGCCAGGCUAUUUAAGGGUCUUUGUCUCAACUCUACAGAACACAGUUCUUAAUGCAUUUAGAAACCUUCUUUCUUCUUCUCCCAUGUCACUUGAAAUUUUUCACGAAGAGGGAAUAUGGGAUCUUAUAUUUUCAGAAAAUUUCUUUUAUUUCGAAUCAGGUUCAGAUGAAUCUGCUGGACAGAUAUUUGCAUACACCGAGAAGUCUGAAAUAUCGUCUGCUUCAAGGAGCACUGGUAAUACAGAAGAAGUUAAUGGGGUUAAUAGUCUACAGAUGCAAGUAAUUUCAUUUGUUGAAUUUGCUUCAACUAGUAAUGGGAACACACAGAACAUGAGAGAAUUGUCUGCUUUGCUGGAUGCACUUGAACAUUCUGCCUGUAAUCCGGAAAUUGCAUGUGUUCUUGUGGGGAGUUUGGUUCGCAUCUUGCAGCUUUCUCCUGAGAGAACAAUUGCUUCCUUUAAGAACUUGAAUGCAGUCUCUCGUGUUCUACAAGUUGCCUGUGUUCAAGCACAAGAGUCUAGAAGGCCAGGAAGUAUGGAGCCCUCCAAUGAGAAUAGUGGCAUGGAAGCAUUGGUAUCAGUGCAAGAUCAAAAUACAUGCAAUUCACCUAAGAUUAUACAAAGUUGUUUUAAUUGCAUGAAAAUGUGCAUGGAGUUCUUUGCCAAGUUUAUAGCAGCUGCUGAAGAUACUAGGAGUUUGAUAUUACAUAGUUUUACAUGCAUUGAUUGCUUGUUUGAUUUAUUUUGGGUGGAGGGUUUGAGAGAUGAUGUGCUUAGACACAUACUCGAUCUCAUGAAGAUUAUGCCAUUCUCCGAGGAAGAUAAAAAAGCGAAGUUGCAGUUAUGCUCUAAGUAUUUAGAAAUGUUUACUCAAUUAAAAGAACGUGAGAAAAGUUUUGUUGAUCUAUCUGUUGAUUUGUUGGUAGGAAUGAGAGAUAUGCUUCAGGCUAACCAAGCAUACUAUCAGACUCUAUUUCGGGAUGGGGAAUGCUUUUUGCAUGUUGUAUCAUUACUGAACAGCAACCUUGAUGAGGCAAAUGGGGAGAAAUUGGUUCUGAAUGUACUCCAAACACUUACUUGUCUGCUUGCAAGUAAUGAUACCUCAAAGGCAGCAUUUAGAGCUCUGGCUGGAAAGGGCUACCAGACGCUGCAGAGUCUGCUAUUGGAUUUUUGCCAAUUGCAUUCAAGUGAAAUCCUUUUAGAUGCUUUGCUCGAUAUGCUUGUUGAUGGAAAAUUCAAUGUCAAAAUGAGUCCUAUGAUAAAGAAUGAAGAUGUAAUAAUAUUAUAUCUUAUUGUACUGCAAAAGAGCAGUGAGUCAUUGCAGCAUCACGGGCUAGACAUUUUUCAGCAGCUUCUAAGAGACUCCAUUUCUAAUAGAGCUUCUUGUGUCAGAGCAGGAAUGCUUGAUUUUCUUCUUAAUUGGUUUUCUCAAGAAGAUAAUGACAGCGUGAUCUUUCAGAUUGCACAGUUAAUUCAAGCCAUUGGUGGGCAUAGCAUAUCAGGGAAGGAUAUCCGCAAAAUCUUUGCUUUACUCCGAAGUGAGAAAGUUGGGAUGAGGAGGCAGUACUGCUCUGUUUUGUUAACAAGUCUCUUGUCAAUGCUACAUGAGAAGGGGCCAACUGCCUUUUUUGAUCUUGAUGGAAUUGAUUCUGGUAUCAUUCUGAAAACCCCUCUGCAGUGGCCCCUCAAUAAGGGUUUUUCUUUUUCCUGUUGGCUUAGGGUUGAGAACUUCCCUAGAAAUGGAUCAAUGGGUCUUUUCAGUUUCCUUACAGAAAAUGGAAGAGGGUCCUUGGCUGUGCUUGCAAAGGAGAAGCUCACUUAUGAGUCAAUUAAUCUGAAGAGACAGCGCAUGGACCUGCAUGUUAGUUUAGUCAGGAGGAGAUGGCAUUUUCUUUGCAUAACUCAUAGCAUAGGAAGAGCCUUUUCUGCCGGUAGCUUGUUGAGAUGUUACUUGGAUGGUGAUCUUGUCUCAUCUGAAAGAUGCAGGUAUGCAAAAGUCAGUGAAUCAUUAACAAGUUGCAUGAUUGGUGCUAAACUCAAGAUGCCUCACUAUGAAGACAAUGUGCUCACAUUCGAAUCCAUCGCAGAUUCAUCCCCUUUUUUUGGCCAAAUUGGUCCUGUUUAUUUAUUUAAUGAUGCCAUUUCUGCUGAACAAGUACAGAGUAUCUACUCUCUUGGACCAAGUUAUAUGUAUUCUUUCCUUGACAAUGAAUCUUUGCCUCUUUCUGGUGACAAAGUACCAAGUGGGAUUCUUGAUGCUAAAGAUGGUCUGGCAUCAAGAAUUAUCUUUGGACUCAAUGCCCAGGCAAGCGUUAGUAGAAUGCUGUUUAAUGUUUCACCGAUAACAAGUCAUCAAUUGGAUAAGAAUUCUUUUGAAGCAGCUGUCAUUGGUGGUACUCAGUUAUGUUCAAGACGUUUACUGCAGCAGAUAAUAUACUGUGUUGGUGGUGUAUCUGUGCUUUUCCCUCUUAUUACCCAGUGUUGUAAAUUUGAAAACGAAGAAGUUGGAGUAUCUGAAAUGGGCGCACCACUAACACAGACAAUGAGGGAGUGUGUGACAACAGAAGUUAUUGAGCUUAUUGCAUCUCUUUUAGAUGAGAAUUUAGCAAAUCAACAACAGAUGCAUAUUGUCUCUGGAUUUUCUGUCCUGGGAUUCUUGUUACAAUCAGUUCCUCGACGACAACUUAAUUUGGAAACCCUUUCUGCAUUGAAGCAUCUUUUUAAUGUUGUUUCCAAUUCUGGACUGGCAGAGCUACUUGUGGAAGAGGCUAUGUCUAACAUAUUUCUUAAUCCUCUUAUCUGGGUUUAUGCUGUUUACAAGGUGCAACGUGAAUUGUACAUGUUUCUCAUCCAACAAUUUGACAAUGAUCCUAGAUUACUGAAGAGCCUAUGCCGACUUCCGCGUGUCCUUGAUAUAAUUCACCAAUUCUAUCGUGAUAAUGUAAAGUCUCAAUCAUUUGUUGAAAGUAACCCCCUUCAACAUUCUGUUUCUGAGCAAGUUACGGGGGAAAGACCUAGUAAAGACGAAAUGCAUAAGAUCCGUCUUCUUUUGUUGAGUCUUGGUGAAAUGAGUCUCAGGCAGAACAUUGCUGCUGGAGACAUAAAAGCUCUGAUAGCAUUUUUUGAGAAAAGUCAGGAUAUGACCUGCAUUGAAGAUGUCUUGCACAUGGUUAUUCGUGCUGUUUCUCAGAUAUCAUUAUUGGCUUCUUUCCUUGAACAAGUUAAUAUAGUUGGUGGUUGUCAGGUUUUUGUCAAUCUUCUCCAGCGGGGAUCUGAGUCUACUAGAUUGUUGAGCUUACAGUUCAUAGGGAGGCUUUUGGUUGGCCUUCCUGCUGAGAAGAAGGGGUCAAGAUUCUUUAAUCUCCCAAUGGGAAGAUCCAGAUCAAUUUCAGAUAACCAGAGGAAAAUCAGAAUGCAACCAAUUUUCUUAGCUAUAUCUAAUAGACUGUUCUGUUUUCCACAGACCGAGAAUCUGUGUGCCACUUUAUUUGAUGUUCUUCUUGGUGGUGCUAGCCCCAAACAGGUUUUACAAAGACAUAACCACCUGGAGAGGGUGAGAAGCAAGGGUAGUCAUUUUUUACUUCCUCAAAUGUUGCCUCUGAUUUUCAGAUAUCUGUCUGGCUGUAAGGAUGCACCUGCAAGAAUGAAAAUAGUCAGAGAUUUACUUGACCUUCUUGAUUCAAAUGCUUCUAAUAUUGAAGCUUUUAUGGAAUAUGGGUGGAAUGCCUGGUUAACAUCAUCUCUGAAGCUGGAUGUGUUAAAAGAGUACAAUGCCAAAUUACCUGAUAAAGGUGACUGUGGGAUGGAUGAGCUGCUCUUGGUGAGGAAUUUGUUUUCCCUAGUUCUCUGUCACUAUUUGCAUUCUGUAAAAGGUGGCUGGCAACAGAUGGAAGAGACAGUCAAUUUUAUUCUUAUGCACUUUGAGGAAGGUGGCAAUUCGUAUAGAUUUUUUCUUCGUGAUAUAUACGAGGAUUUGAUUCAGAAUCUGGUAGAGCUGUCAGCUAUGGACAAUAUUUUCAUUUCACAGCCCUGUCGAGACAAUACGUUAUACCUUCUGAGAUUGAUUGAUGAGAUGCUAAUUUCUGAAAUUGAUAAAGAACUCCCGUUUCUCGGAAGUGACUUUGAUUGUCAUGUUGAUUUUGAAAUGGAGUGUCACAAGGAGUAUAGUUCUGCCUUAAAGGAAGUAUUGGUAGAAGAAGCUGACGUGCAAACAUCUAGAAAAUCACAGAAUUCUAAGCAGCCAAUACCAAAUGAUGAUACAAUUGAGGAGAAAUGGUGGAAUCUAUAUGACAAAUUGUGGGUUGUUAUUAGCAAGAUGAAUGGUAAAGGACCCAGCAAUAUGUUACCCAAGUCAUCGUCAUUUGCAGGACCGUCUCUUGGUCAAAGGGCUCGUGGUUUAGUUGAGUCAUUAAACAUUCCUGCUGCUGAAGUCGCUGCAGUUGUUGUAGCAGGAGGGAUUGGCACUGCUUUAGCUGCAAAACCUAACAAAAAUGUUGAUAAGGCUAUGGUUUUACGAGGAGAGAGGUGUCCAAGAAUUAUUUAUCGCCUUGUUAUUCUGUAUUUAUGUAAAUCCUCUCUAGAAAGAGCAUCACAGUGUGUCCACCAGUUCAUCUCACUUUUACCUUGCCUUUUGAAUGCUGAUGAUGAGCAAAGCAAGAGCAGGCUACAACUUAUUAUCUGGACACUGCUUUUUGUUAGGUCACAGUACGGAAUAUUGGAUGAUGGUGUUCGUUUUCAUCUUUUAUCACAUUUGAUACGGGAGACUGUCAAUAUUGGAAAAUCAAUGCUUGCUACUAGCAUUGCGAGUCGAGAUGAUGCCUUUGAUCCUAGCUACAAUUCAAAAGAUGCAGGGUCCAUUCAAAAUUUAAUUCAAAAGGAUCGAGUUCUGACAGCAGUCAGUGAUGAGGCUAAAUACAUGAAGACAUCUAAAAUUGACCGCACCCAGCAGAUACAGGAGCUUCAUUCUAGAAUAGAUGAAAACUCCUUGGCAGAAUCUAGCAGUAAGAAAGCUUUUGAAGACGAUAUACUAAGUAGCUUGAACUCUGUUCUUGCUACAGAUGAUAGCAGAAGAGCUGAAUUCCAGCUUGCUUAUGAGGAAAAGCAGCAAAAUGUUGCUGAAAAAUGGAUACACAUGUUUCGUUCUUUAAUUGAUGAGAGGGGUCCGUGGUCUACUAACCCUUUUCCAAAUUCUGUUGUAACACACUGGAAACUUGAUAAGACAGAAGACACAUGGCGGCGCAGGCCAAAACUAAGGCAAAAUUACCAUUUUGAUGAAAAUCUGUGUAGUCCUCCUGCCAUUGGUAGUGGGGUUGCUACUCCUGUCAAUGAAAGUAAUCCUGGUUUUGUGGGUUAUGUACCUGAACAAAUGAAGCAGCUCUUGCUGAAAGGGAUGAGAAAAAUAACUGAUGAGGGAACUUUGGACAUUAGUGAAACCAAUACUGUAAUAAGUGGACAAAAUUCUCAAAUUCCCACUGAUUAUUCAGAAUGUCAAUCCUCAGACUUACUAAAGGAUGCCAGUGACAGAAAGGAUAUUGUGCAAGAACGAAAAGAUACUUCCUCUUCUCCUGAAACAGAAGCUAGUGAGGUGCUUGUAUCAGUUCCAUGCGUUCUUGUGACCCCAAAGAGAAAAUUAGCUGGUCAUUUGGCAGUGAUGAAAAAUGUUUUGCAUUUCUUUGCUCAAUUCUUGGUAGAGGGUACUGGUGGAUCAUCUGUUUUUAGAAACUUUGAUGCCUCAAUUAAUUCUGAUCUGACCAAGUCUGAUCUAAAACAAAGAUCAUUGAAGUGGCCUGUUUCUGGUAUGGAUCCUCAGAAGGGAACUGCAGUCGGUAACAUAGAGCUAAUAAAUGGAAAUGGAUCUGUUAAACUUAUGAGAUGUGUUAAACGCCAUCGAAGAUGGAGUGUGGCCAAGAUAAAAGCUGUUCAUUGGACGCGAUAUUUGCUCAGAUAUACUGCAAUAGAGAUAUUCUUUAGUGAUUCAGUUGCCCCAGUAUUUUUAAACUUUGCAUCGCAGAAGGAUGCAAAAGAUAUAGGAAACUUGAUAGUUACUACAAGAAAUGAAUAUUCAUUUCCCAAAGGAAGUGGAAAGGAUAAGAGUGGAUCUAUUAGUUUUGUUGAUCGACGAGUGGCACAAGAAAUGGCAGAAACUGCCAGAGAAAGCUGGAGGAGAAGGGAUAUAACAAACUUUGAGUAUUUAAUGAUUCUCAAUACACUUGCUGGAAGAUCUUAUAAUGAUCUGACACAAUAUCCCGUUUUUCCAUGGGUCUUGGCUGACCACUCAUCAGAGGUUCUUGAUUUUAACAAAUCAUCUACAUUUCGAGAUCUCUCAAAGCCUGUUGGAGCGCUUGAUACUAAACGAUUUGAGGUAUUUGAAGAUAGAUACCGUAACUUCUGUGAUCCUGAUAUACCCAGUUUCUACUAUGGAUCUCAUUACUCAAGUAUGGGCAUUGUGCUUUAUUACCUUCUUAGAUUGGAGCCCUUUACCUCUCUUCACCGUAAUCUGCAGGGUGGUAAAUUUGAUCAUGCUGACCGUCUUUUUCAAGGUAUUGAGGGUACCUACAGAAAUUGCCUUACAAAUACUAGUGAUGUGAAGGAGUUAAUACCCGAGUUCUUUUACAUGCCUGAGUUUCUUGUCAAUUCAAACUCUUAUCAUCUAGGAGUUAAACAGGAUGGUGAACCUAUUGGGGAUGUUUGCCUGCCUCCUUGGGCUAAGGGUUCACCUGAAGAAUUCAUUAGGAGAAAUCGGGAGGCCCUUGAAAGUGAAUAUGUUAGCUCAAAUCUUCAUCACUGGAUAGAUUUGGUAUUUGGUUACAAGCAACGUGGAAAACCUGCUGUAGAGGCAGCAAACAUCUUCUACUACUUGACUUAUGAAGGUGCUGUUGAUCUGGAAACAAUGGAAGAUGAUUUGCAAAGAGCAGCUAUCGAAGACCAGAUAGCCAACUUUGGUCAGACUCCAAUCCAGAUAUUUCGUAAGAAACACCCGAGAAGAGGGCCACCUAUUCCAAUUGCACAUCCUUUGUACUUUGCUCCUGAUUCUAUUAGUUUGACUUCCAUUGUUUGUAAUACAAGUCAAUAUUCAUCUGCUAUGCUUUAUGUUGGUCUGAUGGACUCGAAUAUUGUCCUUGUGGACGAGGGUCUCAACUUGUCUGUAAAGAUGUGGUUGACAACUCAACUACAGUCUGGUGGAAAUUUUACAUUUUCUGGUUCCCAGCAGGAUCCAUUCUUUGGAGUUGGUUCUGACAUACUUUCUCCACGCAAAAUUGGGAUUCCUGUGCCUGAAAAUGUUGAACUUGGAGCUCAAUCUUUUGCAACAAUGCAAUCACCCUCUGAGAAUUUCUUAAUAUCAUGUGGCAAUUGGGAAAAUAGUUUUCAGGUCAUAUCAUUAAGCGAUGGCAGAAUGGUACAGAGUAUCCGACAGCACAAGGAUGUGGUGAGCUGUGUUGCAGUUACAUCUGAUGGAAGUAUCCUUGCAACUGGAAGCUAUGAUACUACAGUAAUGGUUUGGGAAGUUUUUCGUGGUAAAACUGCAGAAAAGAGAAUUCGUAACAGUCAAUCUGAGUUGCCCCGUAAGAAUUAUGUGAUAAUUGAAACUCCAUGCCACAUCCUUUGUGGGCAUGAUGAUAUAAUAACUUGUUUAUAUGUUAGUCAUGAACUUGAUAUUAUAAUCAGUGGAUCAAAAGAUGGAACUUGUGUAUUCCACACCCUGCGAGAAGGUAGAUAUGUUAGAUCCUUACGGCAUCCGUCAGGCAGUCCAAUCACAAAGCUAGUUGUCUCUCAGUGUGGCCAGAUUGUGAUUUAUGCUGAUGAUGAUCUUAGUUUGCACCUGUAUUCAAUUAAUGGAAAGUAUCUUGCUGCCUCUGAAUCCAAUGGACGCCUUAAUGCUGUUCAAUUGAGCAGAUGUGGAAAGUUUUUGGUAGGCGCAGGUGACCAGGGACAGAUUUUUGUUCGCUCUAUGAACACCCUUGAAGUUGUUAAGAAAUAUCAAGGAGUUGGAAAGGUUUUGACAUCUCUGGCAGUAACCCCAGAAGAAUGCUUCUUAGCUGGCACAAAAGAUGGAAGCCUCCUAGUGUACUCAAUAGAAAAUCCUCAGAUUCGUAAAACUAGCCACAGCAAAAGUACAAAAUCAAAACUGACAUAACAGAAAAUAUAACAAUACAUGCAGAAGGUGCAUGUGGAAUUUUGAAAGUUAGAGGUGUUCCAUGAUGACUGUUUCAGAUGUUACAGGUGCACCCACUGACAAUUGACAACAUAUUUGGGGUUAUAUGCUAAAUUGCUGAUAUCACUUACGUGGUGAUCUUCUCAUUUUCUUCCUUUGGCUGUUUUGUGUAUCAUCCCCGUGAAGUGCUUGUGGAUACUGUGAGAUCAGAGAUGAGAUGAGUGAGUACCAGCUUUACCUGAAUAUAGAAAGCAGCAUAUCGACUUCUUUCGUACUGUGGAAUAGAAGAACUGGGUGGAGUAUCAUCUACUUUCUAAGCUCCUGGAAUUAGGGAGGUAAAGACUUGGCGGGUUUGGUCAUACAUGUACAUUAUAUUCGUUAAUUCUUCAAUAGGAUUCUUGUGAACUAAAAUUGUAGCUGUGCUAUUAUUUUUGGUUUUCUCUGUUAACACUUGGAUUGUACAGACAGACAGGCCCUAAUGGCUUAUCAUACAGGCGAAGGAUAACUCUCCGCCCAUGUCUUGUAUCUGCUGAUGUUGCUCACUUUAAGGUCUAUGAAAUGAAAUUUAAGGAUACUAAGAACAAUUGACUGGGAAUAUCGGCAACGGAGAAUUAUCACUCGUAAAACAGAAUAUCUUAGUUUCUUUGAUUAAAACAGUAUAUUCUAACCUCUUAAUUUACUUCCGCUUU